UAUGUUAUUUCCUUUUGUGAUACAAUAUGUGCUUGAAAACUCUGUUCUUACUUUCUCGGAGAGAAUAUUAGGAGUGUUCAAAGAAUCUAAGUACCAGGUCAGGGAAGAAAUAUGGACACCAAAAUUGAAUCUUGCACCAUGUUCAUGCUUCUUUUUCUUGUCAUCAUGCAGUUUGGUCCUGGAAUUGGAGCUGCAGAGGAUACUGUGAAGGCAUACUCAUCAUCACACAUGGAUCAUAUGGACCCUCAAUUGAUGGUGUUCUUCACCAUGAAUAAUCUGAAACUAGGACACAAGAUGCCAAUCUAUUUCCCCAAGAAAGACCCUUCCAGCUCUCCUCAGUUUCUCCCUAAAGAAGAAGCUGAUUCCAUUCCAUUCUCAUAUGACAAGCUUCAAUACCUUCUUCACUUCUUCUCUGCCACUCAAGGAACUCCACAAGCUCAAGCAAUUGCAGAUACACUUAGACAGUGUGCAAUCAAACCCAUCGAAGGAGAGAUCAAAUUUUGCGCGAAUUCUUUAGAAUCGAUGAUCGAGUUUGUGCAAAACACCUUUGGAUUAGACUCUCAUUUUCAAGUACUAAGCACUAAACACUUCACAAAGUCAGGCAUAACUCUCCAGAAUUAUACUGUUGUAGAGAUGCCUGAAGAGGUUGCAGCACCAAAGAUUGUAGCUUGUCACACUAUCCCUUAUCCUUAUGCAGUGUUUUACUGCCAUAGCCAGGAGAGUGAGAACAAGGUGUUCAAGGUUUUGUUGGUUGGUGAUAAUGGAGAUAGAGUGGAAGCUGUGGCAGUCUGCCAUAUGGAUACCUCUCAUUGGAGUCGUAAACACGCGUCGUUUCGCGUGCUUGGGAUUGAACCUGGGAGCUCUCAUGUGUGCCAUUUCUUUCCUGAAGAUAAUCUGGUUUGGGUUCCUGAACCCACCUUGAUUAGUGAUGCUUAACUUUGUAUUGUAACUAUUGAAAGUCCUAUAUAUGUAGUGCUUUGCUUGGCAUGGUGAAAAUAAUACAUGUGUGUACUUGAUCAGCUCCAUUGUGUGUAAUAGUGGAUGUCAUUGUUUAGAUUGUGAUU